ACAUAUAAGUAGACGAAGCGAUUGUGUCUCAAGAGUCAGUGAGCUUCCGACUACUGGACAAGAGUGCCCCGCCGUGAGGAUCACACACAUUGUGCCAUAUACCCCCUCAAGUAAUACUUUUCGAGUGUUUGCGUCUUUUUCAUUCUCAUUGCUUUACGGAGAAAAAAGAAUUUGUGGCGUGCCAAAAAAAUAAAAAUAAAACGUGAAAGGGUGAGAAACUGUGAAGUGAUUGUGGGAAGAAAAUUGUGGAGAGGUGAUUAAAGUGAUUUUGGGAAAAAAAAUUGAGAAGGAGGAGGAACUCUUGAGGGAAGAUUCUCUGAGCGCCAAAGAAGAAGGAGGAAAAAAACGAAGAGACUGAUCUGCGGAGCCGCGAGAUCCGCAAAAGUGAUUAACUGUGGGGAUCAUUGUGAUCAAUAUAAAAGUGAUUGAAGCAGCACGAGAGGAGUUAGUUGAAUUCAGAUCGACUCUGCUGAAGGGUUCGCGCGCAUAGUCAUGAAGUUUCUUCUGUGUCUUGUCCUUGUUGGUGUUGCUGUAGCAGCUGUGGAGGCUAAUGAGUCAGUGGGGUGCCAGACUUUGUGUCCACUAAGUUAUGCACCAAUCUGUGCCACCGAUGACUCUGGAAAUACCCAAACAUUUCCCAAUGAAUGUGCUCUACAAACGGAGAAUUGUCUCAAGAAAUCAACUUUUCAGAAAACCACCGAUGGACCGUGUCCAUAGGAUUGUGGCAUGUUCCAGGCAAAAUUCCUAAAGCAGUAUCGUGACAAGUUCAAAUAAAGCCAUGAUCUUCCUACUAACUAAAAAGAUCUCCAUUUGGGAGAGAAAUAAAUUCAUUACAAAAUUCAUCUUCCCCGAUCAUCAACCUUAAACUCUGACGAUUAGGCGAGGAAGAAUUUAAAAAAGAGAAUAUACAGCAAAAAAAAACUUGUCGCCUGCUCGUGACGAAUUUUUCCGGCUUCACCGAAAAAAAACCCGCUACAAGGAAAAUGCUCUUGAUGUUUUUCCGUCGUCCAAGAGGAAAAACAAUGUGUUGAAAUAAUGUUUUGAGAAUUUUUGUGUAGAAAUAAUAAGAAAUACGUGAUUUGUCUAUUUUUCUGAUGUCAUGAUCCAAAUAUAAUACUUAAAAUGUGAAUAAUCAA